ACUUCCGCCUUGAAGAGAAAGAAGCUAAUCGAACAUUUUGGAAUGUUGGGGACAGUGCUGGAAACGGAAAGAAAGAAGUGUGUGUUUUCUGCUAGUCUUUGCUUCUGCUAGUUUAUUAUUUUUGUUCGCGUUUAGUCAGUUAUUGUUAUCAUUAUUCAGUCUUUUGUGCUAUUAGUUUAUAUCCAUCAUUUUUCGUUCUGUGUUUGAAAUGUUGUGUAAUGUCGACCUGCCCUUUCACAAUAACGUUUAUGAUGGAAGUAGUGUAAUACCAAGGGAUAAUGAUGCAAUCUCUGUGAGCUGAUUUAUAAAGCACUUAUUUUUAAAGGUUAGAAAUUUUUGAUAGCAAAAAUGACAACGAUGAAAUCGUCAUCAGGACCUUCAAAUUCAGGACUGACAGUUUUUAAACAUGUCAAGUAUGAGCAUUUAAUAGCUGGCAUAACUGGUGGUGUCACUUCAACUCUCAUCCUUCAUCCUCUUGAUCUAAUAAAAAUUCGAUUUGCUGUAAGUGAUGGGCGAACAAGCGUCCCACAGUACAAUGGAAUGCGAAGUGCAUUAUCCACCAUAAUGAAGCAAGAGGGAUUCAAAGGCUUCUACAAAGGUGUCACGCCUAAUGUAUGGGGCUCUGGAAGCGCUUGGGGCUUCUACUUUUUGUUUUACAGUUCGAUAAAGACUUGGAUUCAGGGUGGCAAUACGAAAACGCCACUGGGACCCACACUGCACAUGAUUGCCGCCGCAGAGGCUGGCGUUCUCACGCUGGUCAUGACCAAUCCUGUGUGGGUCGUCAAAACAAGGCUUUGUCUUCAGUACGGUAGCGAGUCGGAUGUUGCUAGCGGUAAGCAAUAUUCUGGAAUGGUCGACGCUCUGUCGAAAAUUUAUCGAGUGGAGGGCAUUCGAGGUUUGUAUAAGGGCUUUAUUCCUGGAAUGUUUGGUGUUUCUCAUGGUGCUUUGCAGUUUAUGACUUAUGAAGAAAUGAAGAAUUUCUACAACCAGUAUAGAAAUCUUCCCAUCGAUACCAAAUUGGGCACAUCAGAGUACCUGAUGUUCGCGGCGGUGUCUAAGCUGCUGGCGGCCGCCCUGACCUACCCCUACCAGGUGGUGCGCGCGCGCCUGCAAGACCACCGCGGCGGCUACGCGGGCACGCUUGACUGCAUCAACAAGACUUGGAGGUUUGAAGGUGUUGAGGGGUUUUACAAAGGCUUGACUCCUAACCUGACACGUGUUGUUCCAGCCACUAUGAUUACAUUUACAAUCUAUGAAAAUGUAUCUCGGUAUUUGCUUAAGAGGCGCUCGGACUAGGCCCUACCACUGCAAAUUUCUUCUUAUCGAUUAUAAUAAUAAUUUAUCAAUGUUUCCAUCAUCGUAUUAUAUGUGUAGAAAGUUUCACGACGUCAAUACAGUAAGCCCGUAAAUAUGAUAUUUCACAAACUUUUGAAAUCGAGUUUCCGCAUUGGAUAGAAAAGCAGUAGUAAUUUAAUUCAACCAGUUACUCUAAGCUAUUCCAAAGAUUCUCGAAUUACUUGUAAAUAUGCUCUGUUUGAUUAUUGAAUAAAUUAAAAUGUGAAUGCAUCAA